GAGCCCGAGAGGAGAAGCUCCUGCGCUUCAGCACACAAGACAACAACCCCACCGCGAAUAAUCCCACUUCAGAUCACAGACCAUCGCUGAGUCCGCUCCUUCUUCAGCUCUUUUCUCUCUCUACACCUUUUUUUUUCACCCCCUCCUGCGCUGGAUCUUUCGUGCCAGAAAAUGUGCGUGGAGAGCGAUGGGUGCGAGAUUGAGGGCUGCAGCAGUUCGGAUGAGGUGCGCACGCUGUCGGGCAGCAUGAGUCCCGGACUGAAGUCCAACCCGGACCUUCACCCGUGCAAGCCGGGCCAGAAAUUCCGCGCCGCGCUGCUCAGAUGCCGCUCACCGGCCGCUGCCGCCGGGAUCCUCAGCUUUGGGAACGUCCUCAAUUACAUGGAUAGAUACACUGUAGUCGGUGUUCUGCUCGACAUCCAGCGGCAUUACGGCGUAACAGACAGUGGAAUCGGCUUGCUGCAAACAGUCUUCAUCUGCAGCUUCAUGGUAGCAGCUCCCAUCUUUGGUUACCUGGGCGACCGCUUCAACAGAAAGGUCAUCCUGAGCUGUGGCAUUUUCUUCUGGUCCAUUGUUACUCUGUCGAGCUCCUUCAUCAGUAAAGAGUACUACUGGCUGUUUGUGCUCUCCAGGGGACUGGUAGGCAUCGGAGAGUCCAGCUACUCCUCCAUCUCUCCCACCAUCAUAGGAGACUUGUUCACUAAUAACAGCCGCACCAUGAUGCUCUCUGUCUUCUACCUGGCCAUCCCUCUAGGAAGCGGGUUGGGCUACAUCCUAGGCUCCAGCGCCAAGGUGGCUGCAGGAGACUGGCACUGGGCACUGAGGGUGUCCCCAGUUUUAGGCAUCACCGCGGGAACUCUGAUCCUGGUCUUUGUGCCUGAGCCAAAGAGGGGCAGCGCCGACCAGAUGGGAGGACGCAUCAAGAGUCGCACUUCCUGGUUCUGUGACAUGAAGGCACUCGCCAAGAAUCGGAGCUACGUGUUCUCCUCCCUGGCGUCCGCGGCGGUGUCUUUUGCCACAGGUGCGUUUGGUAUGUGGAUUCCUCUGUACCUGGCCAGAGCCCAGGUGGUGCAGAAGACUGUGGAGGCCUGUACAAAAGAGAUCUGCAGCAGCAAAGACAGCCUAAUCUUCGGGGCGAUCACCUGCGUGACCGGCCUGUUGGGCGUGGUCAUCGGGGCAGCCACCACACGCCUGUGCCGCCAGAAGACGGAGCGAGCCGACCCGCUGGUGUGCGCCGUCAGCAUGCUGGGCUCAGCCAUCUUCAUCUGCCUCAUCUUCGUGGUGGCCAAGAAGAGCAUCGUUGGAGCUUAUGUUUGCAUCUUUAUAGGAGAGACGCUGCUGUUCCUGAACUGGGCCAUAACGGCAGACAUUUUAAUGUUUGUCGUUAUCCCCACGCGGAGAGCAACAGCAGUCGCCUUUCAGAGCUUCACUUCUCAUCUCCUGGGCGAUGCAGGAAGCCCGUACCUGAUCGGCCUGAUCUCUGACGGCCUUCAGCAGAGCUACGCUACGUCAGCGCUGUGGCAGUUCCUCAGUCUGGGCUAUGCCCUCAUGCUCUGUCCCUUCAUCAUCGUCCUGGGGGGCAUGUUUUUCCUGGCCACUGCGCUGUUUUUCCUGGAUGACAGGGAGAAGGCCGAGAAGCAGCUGAGCCAGCUGACACGACCACCCUCCUCAGUCAAGGUAUGACCAGGUGACAACCAAAUGAGGAGCCGUCUGACGGAGCAACCACACCCAGUAAGGGUGACAAAAUGGAGGUAAAAAAGCGAGGGGCAGCUGAUCCACUUCUUUACAACCACGCCCAUGUUCUCUUCACCGUCAUCACCGCCGCGAUCAUGCUCCUCUUGCUGUUGGCUCCUGUUCCUGUUCUUCUUUUUUUCCACACUCUCGGAGGCUGCUCAGAACUGGAACGAGGGAGCAUCUCGCCCCUCCUAGAAACGCCUCCAAAUCACAGGCUGGUGUUAAGGUGCACAGCGGCGCGCUGAAGCCGGCCGGCCGACAGCUGGUGUCCUCCUCACCUCUGUCUGCGAGGAUCCACUGAACCUUCCAGGGAGGAGGUGGGGUGUCCAAAUCCCCCGUGACCCCUCCGACUCCUGAUGCCAUACUACUGAAUGCUGACCAUGAACCUGCCCUGUCUGUCUGCCUGUCUGUCCAAGGGUCUGUCUCUUAUGUGUCUGUCUGUCUGUCUGCUGCAUCGGCUGUCAAUCUGCACCAAGUGCCAUCGCGUCAUUACAUUCCUUCAGACUUUGCACUGACCAGCAUCAACCCCCAUGACAUCAUCACUGACUAUGUUUACAUGCACGCUAUAAUUCAGCCAUUGGCCAUGAAAUUAGUUUUAUUAAGCUGCUUACAUUUGCUAAACAGUAGAAGCAGCAUCGUUUUAAAAGCUGCAGCUCCAUUGGUGUCCCACAAUUCACUCUGCCCUGGCUUUCAGCACUUGGAGCCUCUAAACAGACUGUAAAAUUCAAGUUAUGCGGAGCAAGUGAUGCAACUCGUUAAAAUGUGCUGCAGGAAUAUAAUUCUCGAGCUGUUUAUCUGUUCCAGCCUCCAGAUCAGAUUGCUCUGCGCAUGUUAAUCACAGUAUUCACAACAUGAACGUCAAACGUAAAUACAGCGUUCGCACGAUGGAUGCAGUAUUCUCAUGAUAAAACCACCACCAAACGUUUUGCCGUGCAUGUCAACAUAGGAGUCAAACGAGAGCCAAAAAGUGCGACUGUCCAAAGGUCAGUGAAUCAGCCUUAAAAUUUGGAGCUUUCCCAUCAACAGCUGUUUCUCUCGACCCCCACACGUGUUUGUAUUUUUAGCUUUUAGCACUUAUCAGCGCAGACAGUGCCGGAGAACCCGACAGAGGCAAGAGACUUCUGCACAUUAUUUUUCACAAGGCUUCUUGUGAUUUCUUUCUUUCUUCUUUUUUUUUUUGUCUGUGUGAUGUUGGAUUUGAAACUGGAGGUUACUGCCUAUGAUUGUUUCAGAAGGAUGAAGAUGCAAUCCGGGCGAUUUACAGUGGACACUGGACUAUAUGUUUUCUAAUUUAUAAUGUACAUGCUUUUCCCAAAAGUAAAUGAAAUGCUACUCUCUUGAAUUUUAAGGAGUAACACCUUUGUUUUUGUGUACAUGAGAAGCAAUACAAACCUUUUUUUGAGGAAACCAACCUUUAUAUCCACACUGCCUUAUCAGUGAGCCAGGUUUCUCUUUAAAGGGGGAGCUCUCUGAUGGUUUUGAAUUUCUGGACACAACACCCACACAGAGACGGAGUCACUUUUAAUGAUGGAUUCCAGUCCAGUCCACGCUGGUUACAAUAGCAAGCAUUGUGAAAAGAGACCUUUCCCCCUCGCAAUUGGAGAUAUCUCAUUCCACGAUUAGAAGAAAGGACCUUUGAGAGGAGCCAGAGUCACAGUCAUCAGUUUAUUGCUGAGGGAAAUCAAAAUCCCAGACAGGAACAGGAAAUUCUUCGCCUCCCAGGUUACACUGAUUACAAGCUCUUACCUUGAUAACUGAUACGGAAGGAAUCCCCCUUUUGAAAGCAGACCAGCAUGUCCUCAGAUGUCACUGCAGGAGCUGAUAAACAGAGUCCCCUUCAAUACCUAAAAGACGGAUCAGCAUAGAGACAAAACCUGGAUUUGAUUCAUCAUCUAUGCAUCGACUAGUGUGUGUAAUGAUGCAAAUUUAAUGCAAAAUCCCAUAAAGAAAAAAGUCUGCUCUCACUAAUUGCUCAUAUUUACAAAGAUUUAGGCAAAAGAUUAGAAGCUAAUAUUUUUUACUGUGUUGCCUGGUGAAUACAGUUUUACUGAAACCUUGAAGCCACUAUUGGAGUCAGAGGUUUUUAAAACUUGUGCAUAAAGGGAAAAAAAAGCACUUUGCAGACCUCUAAGAAAACACAGAGGGAGGAGGAGGAUGGAUUGACCUUAGCGGAGGAAUAAAGGAAGACGCUGAGGUGGUUCUUGUAGCAUCGAUGUGUGAGCAUGACUCACUGGCUGUGUGUGGGGUGCUGUGUGGGCUGUGUCCUUGUUGCCAGAUCAUUAGCUUUAGCUUCUCUCCAACUGCGUGGAGCUCUCUGAAUGUGACUCUGUCCAACCUGACAUGUUUACACACCUACAUCUUCUUAAUGAACUAAGCUUCUUACCUUCCUGUUAUCAGUUUUCUUUUUUUUAAUGUUACCAAAUGAGUUCUUUUUAAUAACUACAAUAGAGAUAUAUAUAGCUAUAUCACGCAGCAACUUUAAUAUAUUGUAAAUGAUGGCUUGGAUGCAAUGUAUUUAUUUGUUUGUUACCAUAAUGAAGAAUAAUCUAUAAAAGGAAGUUUAAUGUUUGAGUAUACUACACUUGUUGUAUGUCAUUGGGUUUAGAAAUGUCUGUUUAUUCAUCCUUUUGUAUCACAAUGAAACAACACAAUACCUUUCUACAUCACUAAGACUCAUCCUGUUUACUGUGAUCAUGAAUUGGACAUCUCACACACAUUGCACGCAUAAGGAACUGCGAUGUGAUGGUUUUCAGACAACGCAUUGGUCUCGUGUUUAGGGUGCAAUACCUUUGCAUUCAUUUUUGUAGCUCUUGUUAACGUGUUUUCCUUUUUUUUCUUUUUUUUUUAAGAACAGCUGAUCAAGCCAUUUUGCACACUUAAUGUUCAGGGAUUUAUUUGAACCAUAGCCUAACAUCAACUUCACAGCCUCUGCCACAGAGGUCUGUCACUUCAUGCUCACAGUAAGUGCUGACAUAUUGUCAUCAUCAGACGGGACGCUGGCUCUGGUCAGAUGGGUCGUGAAUUCAGUUUCACUUUGCCAAAUUUAGUUGAUUUAGCACCAAUCCUUUAGGGGUAGAUGUCCGUUGUAUCGAGUAAUUCUAUGUUAAUAAUCACUGAAGUGAUGUAUUGAGAAUGUGCUAUUUCUUGUCAUACAAGAAUCAUGUAUAAAGAAACCUUUUUCUGACGUUGAGCAGAAAAUAGAGGUUAUUUUAUUUUUAGAGCAAGUCAAUACAACAGAAGUGUCAGAGAAAUGAAAGGAUGUUAUUCUAGAACUGAACUGUGACGCUCCCUUGGAGGGGUUGAUAGAAAAUGUACAUGUCUGUAAAUCAAAUAAACUUAUUUAAUCACUUCAUACCA